UUCCUGUAUGUGGGCUGAGAAAACCCCCAACCUUCUCGGUCAGACAGGAACACCAAAGGCCCUGCUUUUCUCAUCAGUUAUAUAUGCUGCAUGCUAUGGAUGUGUGAAACGACAAGCAGAAGGAAGUCACAAAACUAAGAGGUUAUGAGCCACCUUUGAAGGGGGAUCUUAGGAGGAUGCUGAACUGCAGUGCAACCCAGCAGAACCAUUCCAACAACGAGACACUGCCACACAUCUCAGAGAGGCUCCACACCAUUCUCAUAGCCCUGUACAUCAUCAACCUGACUGGUGGCACCCUUGGGGUCAUCAUGAUGUCCCGCAAGUUAUUCCAGCAGCGAUCGCAGUCUGUGAUAACUGUUUUCAUCGUCAGCCUCCUGGUGCUGCACACCUUCAUGCUGCUCAGCAUCCCCUUCCGCCUCAGCUAUUACAUUUUAAGGGAAUGGAAAUUCGGGAGGUUCGCCUGCAAGCUCACAAGCAUCAUCCUCUACAUCCACAUGUACGCCACCUUUGUGUUUUAUGUGGGCAUCAUCAUCAUGCGCCUCUUCCACCUCGAGUUUCGGAGGUGCUACACUACAGCCUGGGUGGGUGCUGUCUGGCUGGUGGGAGCCCUGGUGAUCACCCCUCUUCUUCUGUCAUACUAUGGCACCUCCAAGACAUACCACUCCUCUGAAUGCUUUCAGUUCCACAAGGAGAUACAAGAGGCACACAUGGUGAUCAUCAACUACUGCUUGGUUGGGGUUUUGGUGGCAGUUUGUGCUGUGCUCACCGUAAUGCAGUUGUUCGUGAUCUAUAGGCUGGCACUGAAAUACUGGCCUGACAUCAACUCCCAUGUGGAAUUCAGGGCUCAGGCAAAGAGUUUCUUCUUCAUCCUGGUAACAUUAGUGUGCUUUAUGCCUCAUCAUGCGUUCAGAGUGUAUUACAUCCAAAACUACCACCUGGAUAAAGACUAUAAACUGCUCUUAUACAAUGAAAUUUUUCUAGCUUUAACAGCAAUGUGCUGCUUGGAUAUGUUGUGCUUCCUAACAGGAAUAGCCCACUGAGCUGGGAACUACCAGGGAACCCAGCUGCACUGUGUCAAUACUGGCUUUUGGCAGGAAUAAAACUGUGUCAGGACUUUGCUAGGGAAACCGCUGAGCUUUCAGCAGGGCUGCACAGGCCUGUGGAGCUGUUUGCCUUUUGCAGACCAGUAAGAUCCAUCUUUCAGAAGCUACUGGGUUUUAUCUUCUCUCUUGAAGGCAGACACAGGAGUCUUGCUCUAGACUUUGACCUAAGAGUUACGCCCUGAAGCUGCAUUAAGAUUUUCUUCAGCUGUCCCUCUCUAACAAUUACAGCAUCCAUUCCUGUCUAAUUUUAACUCAAAGUGUCCCACUAACAACAACCCGCUGUGGUCAGCAAAUUGUCAUCUAACAACUUAUGGCCAUUGUAAAGCUGAAGGGAAGAGAGGAAAGAAAGGAACUCCUUUGCAGGAUUUUUGUGCUGGUGAUCUUAUAUCACAAGGACAUAAACUCUACUCAAAUAAAAAGUAAUCAGGGCACGAAACAGGGAAUGAAUGAAACAUUGUAGUAGAAGAUUUCAGCAGGAUCCUUUGUUCUUCACUUACACAAAGUGUAUAAUUAAAUGUAAUGGUAUGAAAACACUUGUUCUCACAACCUAACCUUUACUUGCUUCAUUCUGAACCCACAAGCAGCUCACUGCACUGUAGUAAUUACACAUUCAGAGUGAGUGAGAGCAGAGCAAGUCACAGGUUGCAAACUUCUACCUUACAUUACUCUCCCAUCAGGACUCCAUCUAUGGCUGUUGUCCCUAAGACCCACUGCAGCCAAAGAAACACAAGUUACUGUGGUCUCAUAACUCGAUCUAGAAUCCAAACUGAGAGGUAUGGUCCUUCACUGCUCAGUCAGUCUUUAAGCUAGGCAACUAUUUUGUCAACCUUCAAAAUCCCUUUGAUGUUUGGUCACUUCUAGUUUCCUGUUGGUUUAUUGUCAGAUAGAUACCAUGUUUUUUGCAUUUGCACAUGUAACAAAGCAGUAGAAUAAACCAACUGAGCUGUGUUUAAUCAGUUCAGCAUAUGCUCAUUGUAUACAGUCUUGUGCUAAGUAUAUGUUUUACCCAUUAGACAGAUUAUAUUCUUUGGGAACCACAUCUGCUCUGGGAAUCUCUGGUUUAUCUUCGUUAUAUAAAAGUCUGUUUUCAUGACUGCAUCCUGCCUGUUCUGCUCAGUCUUUCACCCUUCUGCCAAAGGCCUUGCUGCCAUUUGCUGCAUCCCAACAGCUUGCGGCCAGAUUUCUCCCACUCCAGACUCCCAGGACUCACAUAAGGGUGUCCUUCCUCCUUCACAGCCUCACA